GAGGUUGUACAGGACAGGUGACUGGGGCUACAUGCUGUCUGACGGAAGCCUGGAGAUUUGUGGACGCGUGGACACCAUGGUCAAGAUUAGAGGUUACUCCAUUGAAGUCCAGGCUGUGGAAUCCUGCCUCCUGUCACUGCCGAUGGUCAAAGCCUGUGUUGUGUUGGUGUGUGGGGAGGAAGGGGAGGACAAGUACAUGGUUGCAUACAUUGUCAGUGAGAGAGAGACAACAAGGAAAGAAGUCCGAGCUGAACUGAAGAAAAGAUUACCUUUCUUCAUGAUCCCCUCAUACUUCAUCUUCUUACAAAGUAUUCCAGUUGUAGCAGCCACAGGGAAAUUGGACAAGGCAGCGCUGCCAUCCAUCAACUCACAGACAGACAUGGUUGGAGCUGAGGGGAGGCCAUCCACAGUUACUGAAGUGGCACUGGCUGAGAUCUGGAUUGAGGUUCUGCAGCUGAAAGAGGUGGAUAUUCAAGAAAGUUUCUUUGACUUGGGUGGACAUUCUCUCAUGGCCACAGAGCUUCUGCUUCGUGCGAAAAGAAAAUUCAACAUCAAUCUGGCCGUUCGUGACCUAUUUCUGUAUCCAACAGUUGCCAGUUUGGCUAAAUUUAUUGAUAGCUGUUUGGCCAACAAUGCUGAAGGCAGUGAUGGCCAGAAAAGCAAAGAAGAUAUUCUCGAACCACAAGUUGACCUCUUGGCUGAAGUACAGCGACAUGACCAGGGAGUUAUGAAUAUGGAUAUGCAGUUACGAGCUUUCUGGCGUACUUUUCAUCAUGGCCACCAUUUUAAUCGAGGUCGUGUGCUUUUGACUGGAGCAACUGGUUUCUUGGGAGCUUUCAUUCUAAAAGAACUUUUGCUUCAUACAAAGUUAGUUGUCUACUGUCUGGUGCGGGAGCUGCCCCAAAGGUCAGCUUUGGACAGAAUCAGUGAUACCUUAAGACAGUAUGGGAUAAUAUCAGUAGACAGGUCAUUGGAGAAUGAGGAGCAGGGACUGAUAGAGGAUGCAUUGCACAGCAGAACAACAGCUCUCAAAGGGAACAUAUCUUUGAUGCGACUUGGAUUGAGUGAAGAGGACUACACAUAUUUGUGUACAGACAUCGACUUUGUCAUCCAUUCAGCUGCAUCAGUCAAUCUGGCAUAUCCAUACAGCGCUCUCCAUGGUCCCAAUGUUAUGGGCACAGCCAAUGUGAUCCAGUUUGCUUCCUCCGGAAAAGUGAAAGCUCUACACUACAUUAGCACGGAUGGAGUUUUUCCUCAUGGACUGAAGGAUUGUAAAGAGAGAGAGGACAUAACGAAAUAUGCUGACCGCUUGACCGAUGGCUAUUGUCAGUCAAAAUGGGUGGCCGAACAGUUGGUCUCUCGAGCCAGAGACAGAGGGCUUCCAGUCACUAUCUACAGACUAGGUAAUCUGGCUGGGGACAGUAAAAAUGCAUACUGGAAUCCACAAGAUUUUACACUGCUAGUACUGCAAGCAUGUGCAAAAACUGGAUUAGCUCCAAAUGUGGACUGGAAUAUGGAGUUUACACCUGUAGAUUUUGUUGCAAAUGUCGUGGUCACUCUAACUCAGAAUCCAAACUCUGUGCUGGGUAAAACCUUGCACAUUGUCAAUGACAAGCCGAUGAAGGCCAGGAAGGUCUUUCAGUGGAUGAACGGCCAUGGGUAUCCCUUGCAUUUUGUUCCAUUUGAUGAAUGGAAGACAAGAGUGCUUGAAGAGCUGUCCUCAACCAAUGGUUCGUCUGUACCAAGUCCUGAAUUAAUGGCCGGGGUUCUGGACACUUAUAUCAGCCAUGCCAACUUCCUGUCCAACUUGAGCACGUUCAACAACGACUGCCUCCAGAAGAUUCUGACAGACCUGGAUAUGCUCUACCCUUACACUGAUGCCAGACUUCUGCAGACUUACUUUACUGAACUCUCCAAGCGAGGUGUCCUCAGUCAAAGAAAAAUUAGUCAGCCUUUGUUGGACCGAGUUGCCAUAGUAACAGGAGCAUCAAGUGGAAUAGGUCAGGCCAUAGCUUUAGCCCUGGCGUCUGCUGGAGCUAAGGUGGCGCUGGCCGCUCGACGCACUGACCUUCUUCAGGAAACUGUCAAGGUGAUCAAAGAAGAUGGAGGUGAAGCAUUGGGGGUUCAGACAGACGUCACUGACAGAGCUCAGAUGAAAGUCCUGGUGAGCCAUGUGGAGUCGCUGCUGGGACCAGUGGACAUCCUAGUCAACAACGCUGGAGUUAUGUACUACACACUGAUGAAAAAUUUACACGAAGAUGAGUGGGACAGACAGAUUGAUGUUAAUUGUAAGGGUGUUUUAAAUGGGAUUGGAGCUGUUCUCGAUGGGAUGCUAAAACGUGGCAGAGGUCAUAUCGUUAAUAUUACCUCAGACGCGGGACGAAAGCCCUUCCCUGGUUUAGCUGUCUACUCUGGGACCAAAUAUUUUGUGGAAGCCGUGUCGGGGGCAUUGAGACAGGAGAUUGCAGGUUCAGGGGUCAAGGUUACUUGUGUGCAGCCUGGCGAUGUGAAGACGUCUUUAGCCACGGCCUCUACAGAUAAGGAGGCUCGGGCUGCCUAUGAUGGCAGUGGCAGAUACCAAGUUCUGGAGCCCAGAAAUGUAGCAGACGCCAUUGUGUAUGCUGUUUCUCAACCGCAACAUGUUGCUAUCAAUGAAAUCUUGAUUGAGCCACGAGAAGCCCCAAUUUAA